GUUCACAAUUCAUCCGUUAGAUGUCUCUAAAUGCCAAUCAAAUAGUUACCAGUACAGUAUUACCACUUUCAGAAUGUGUCACAAUAGAAAUUAUCUCUGCUUAAUUUCCAUAUUAUAGUAAAUUAUUAUGGUUAUAAAAUGUAUUUUUUUAAAAUUAUGUUUAAUUAAUGCGCCUUCAGAACAUUGGGAUUUGUAUUAUGUUAAUUAUUUACUUUUUUAGUGAAGUGGUAUAUCUUAUUGUCACUAUGACAACGAGUGAGGGACACGCCGCCUCUUCUAAACUUUCAAAACCUAAUUAUUUAGGUACCGUAAUUUGUAGCUCUGUUUUUGGUUUUAUGAAAAUGCUUCUGACAAAAUGUGAUGUAGCGCAAGCGGCUGCCAUAGAAAGAAGACGCAGAUAUGAUGAAGAAAGGCGAGAAAGAAUAUUUAAUCCAAGACGUAGAUUAAUUGGUAUUGAUAAAGAAGCAUUAGAUCAGCAAGUCCAAGAAAGAAAGCAAAAAGAGUUGGAAGAGAGACAAAUAAACAAUGCAUUUGAUGAGUUAAGGGUGCAAAAUGACAAACUGGCUUUAUUAUUGGAACAAUCUCUCCUAGAGGAGAGGCGAAAAAUAAACAAGGAAAUUAAUGUAUUCAGAUCCACUUAUCAAGGACCAGAAGCUCGACGUGAAUAUGAAAUACCAGCCCGAGUAGAUGACACUGACUCAAGAUGUGGUUCUUCCUCUGGGCAAAAAUUUCCUGGAGAAGAUCUUGGUUCUAAAGAUCGUGAGAAGGCUCAAAAAGAGCAGAACAAAGCAUGGUUGGAACAACAAAUUUUAGAAAGAAAGUCAACAAAAAAUGAACAAAAACGUGUUGAAGAAUCUUAUGAUCAAAUUUUAAUGUCUAUGGAUAAAAGAUCCUGUGAAAUUGAAUAUCUUGAAAGGAAAUGCAGGCGCCAACUGAAUGAAACAGUUAAACAAUACAAUAAAUUUAUGGCUGAUGAAAGAGCUCAAUAUGACAAUGCUCAGAAGCGAAAAGAACAAGAGGACAAUAUGGCAGAAGUAUGUCAUUCAAUGCUGGGAGAUUUGUUAUGUGAAAAUAGUAAUGUACAUCAAAGCAGCCUUGGACCACAUCGUGUAAGAGGCUCAAUGUACAAGGGAAUGUCUGAAGAAGAACGAAUGGAAUUUCGUAUACUACAAUGUCAGCAAAUAGAGGAAAAAAUUGCACAACGUGCCGAAGAAGCUCGGUUAGAAGCAGAAUGGAAUAAACUUUCUGAUGGAAUAGCUUACAAUGUUUUCAUGAAAGACAAGGAACGUGCCAAAAAACAAAGGGAAAUUGAAAAACAAAUUGUAGAACAAAACAAAAUUUUAUCUGUAGAACAGAAAGAAAGACAGCAUUUUCUUAAUAAAUAUGUAUAUACAUCAAACCUUUCUGAUGACUUUUAUAAGCAAUUUAAUACGACUACAAGAUAAUUGUAUAACAGAAAAAUAUAUUUUUUGUAUUUACCUGCUCCAUGCAGUUUCACACAUUUUUAUACUUACUACUCUUUGUGAUAUUUAUUUAAACUAUAAAUUCUACAGGUUUGUAUAGUGUUGUUUCCAUCCAAGAAAAUGAAUUUUAUAGUUUUUAAUUGAGAAAUUUGAUGUACCCUCAAUUACAAACGCUUUCAAUAAAUUUGUUGCAGUAUUAUUUCAAGGGGCACAAUAUACUCUCAUAUUAAAAGCGUAGUUCUUCACCACUUAUAACCUAAGUUAUUCUGUUGCCAACAAAAGGUCAUGGUUAGCAAAUUAAAAAAAAUGAAUUUCAAACAAACAAAUAGGAAUACAAAUUCUUCUUUGGAAAUUUCUGUACCUAAAAUUCUUCAUAAAUAAACUUAUGAACUUAUUAGUUA